CAGCGGCAGCGGGAGCCAUGGUGGGUGGCGAGGCUACCGCCGCGGUGGAAAAGCUAGUUUCCGGCGUGCGGCAGGCCGCCGACUUUGCCGAGCAGUUCCGUUCUUACUCGGAGAGCGAGAAGCAAUGGAAAGCGCGCAUGGAGUUCAUCCUGCGCCACCUGCCUGAGUACCGAGACCCACCCGACGGCGGCGGCCGCCUGGACCAGCUCUUGUCCCUAUCCAUGGUCUGGGCCAACCACCUCUUCCUGGGUUGCAGUUACAAUAGAGACCUUCUGGACAAGGUGAUGGAAAUGGCGGAUGGGAUCGAAGUAGAGGACCUGCCACAGUUUACAACCAGAAGUGAGCUCAUGAGAAAGCAUCAAAGCUAAGGCGGAUCUCCACAUUUCCACCCUGGGGACAGGCUUAGAAAGGAGACUAGGGUGAAGGUGAUUGAACCAUGGCUGCUCGGGAGGUUCCUGGGAUCUGCAGCAUAGAAGCAGCUGGAAUGGAAAGGGACCUGGCUACAGGG